GUGGCUAAAGGACUGGGAACCCCAGGAAGAAACUUCCACAGGUGAGGUGCUGGCUGGAUGAGGAGGGUUCCUCUGCAGCCAUUUGGGGGUUUUUGCUUGACAGGGCAGAAUGGAAGCCCCCUACGCAGAUCCCAUGAGCUCAGAGGGACAGAGGAAGGCUGCUAGAGUCUACUUCCCCACUGCGUGUCCCCUAGAAGGCCCCACCAAUAGGGCCAGGAGGGUCCAGGAACCUUAGUAUUUGCUGCUGUUGAAUUUUUUUUUUUAAUUCAGAAUGCACACACACACACAAACGGGGGUGGUGUGGGGGGCACGAUGACUUGCUGACUAUAGGUCAUGGGAUUGUGUGGCUGCCUAGAUUGCCUGGCGUAUGCUACCCUUAGGACUCCUUAACCCAAAGGAUGGGUACUAUCGACCCAGGUAGGGGGAUUGUAUAUAGUUAUGUGGACCUGAAAAAGCUGGCAGAAGUAGAAGGCUCCACUUGGAAUUGAGCCCCUGAAGGCCUCUCCCACACUACUCAGGUAUUCAGCAGGUGAGACUCCCAGCCCACCUUCCCUUUGGUUUGGCUUUUACAUCUCUUCUGAGUAUCCUAUGCCCCUCUUCCACACAGACAGAAGCCACGGUUCCUGUUUCUCCAGGUGUCAGAAAUGUCCUCUUGGUGCCCUUUCCGGUGGCUCCUAGCCCCACCCUGGUUAGCUUUUUGGAGGGUUUUAGCCGAUCCUAUCUGUGGAGCUGCCUAACUCUGACCACUUGGGCACAGGGCAUGGUGCAUGUGUGUGGAGAAGUUUGCAAACGCAGUCUGAUUUGGGGUAAAUGGGAGUCUUUGUGCGGUUUAGCUCUGUAACGGUCAGCAAAAUUUGGGUCUGAGGAAGUGGCCCUCUCCAACGAGGGAAUGCUUGGUGUUUUUCCUCCAGGGACAUCCUUUGGGAGUGAGUACCAGAACAUUUGAGAGUGCAAGGGGAUUAGACGACAGGUCUGACCAGCAAGUUGUGAAGCCUUGAGAGCCUGGUCUACAGGGUGGGAAAGAGCUAACUUGGGAUAGCCACACUGAUAGCUGCAGGUUGGGGGGCUGCUCAGAAAGACUCUUCUGUCUUUGCCCAGCCAAGGCAGUGCCAGGGUGGGAACUGCACUGGUCUGGUCUGGAUCAGAGGUCUGAGACUCUCGUCAAUGCCUAGAGGUCCUUUUCUGCUCGCACAUUGAUCUCCUCUGCCAAGGUUUCCCAGCACUGGUGUCCAAAGUAUUGAAUCUAAGUCACCACGAAGCCAAGACUUCGAACUCCUCCCAGCACAGAGGCCCUAUCCCACAGGGGAGCAUCCCCCGUGGCUGCUGUGACAGAUGUUCACAAAUGGGUGCCCCAAAGCAAUGGACCGACUGUUUCGUGGUUCUGGGCUUCAGAAGUCUGAAAUCCAGAUGCUGGCAGGACUGGCUCCUUUUUGGAGUCUGGCCCAGUUAGGAGGGGGACACUGCUGGUACACCUUAGUGUUCUUGGGGGGGAUGGUGGGUGGGUGAAGCCCUUUUACUUCUCCUUGUCUACAUACAGCUGUGCUCAAUCCCCUCUUAUAAGGACACCAGCCAUUGGACUCAGUGUCUGCUAGAACCCAUUUUGACUUGUUUACAUCGGCAGAGAUUUCCAAAUAGGGUUGUAUUCACAAGUUCUGGGUGGCCAUUAAUUUGUGGAGGGGGCACUGCUGAACUCAGCACAGCUAGGUGUUCUGUCUUAGCCUCACUCACCCCUUCCAGGAAUGACCAGCUUGGACUAAAAAGGGGCUGACAACCGAGAGUAGGGAACAGCAGUGAUCCCGCCAUGUCAGCAGCAGCCUCCCCAGGGUCUGUUCUCCCGGAAGUGGUACAGAUUUGUGACUUGCUCAGCAGGGCAUCCUGGUCUGGCCAGGAUCAGAAAUGCCCAUUGCUGGGGUUGGGGAUUUAGCUCAGUGGUUAGAGCGCUUGCCUAGGAAGCGCAAGGCCCUGGGUUCGGUCCCCAGCUCCGAAAAAAAGAACCAAAAAAAAAAAAAAAAAAAAAAAAAAGAAAUGCCCAUUGCUCUCUCGUCUUGGGUUCCCGAGCAGACACAGAAGGCCCAGGCCAGACUUCAGCUGCUGUAGUUUUUCAGGGCCUCUCAGAUUUUGUGUACCCAGAACCAUGACUCAGGGUGGCUUUCCCUGCAGCUGUGGUCAGUAUGCAGCUUUAUUGACUGGUGCAACACCUGCCCAGGACUGGAUUCCUGGGAGGGAUCUCUCUGCCAGUACAGGUCUGGAGCUGUGUGGGCAAAGAGAAUGUGACCCUUCGAUAGAAGGGAUAAGAGAUGGCCUGGCCCACUCCUGGAAGGCAUUUUCAGGUCAGGACAGACUGGAAACAUUUGUCCGUGUCCUGGCACUGCUCAGGCACGCUGCCGAUCUGAUUCUCUCACCUAAUGGAGUCUUGCACCGCCUACUGCAAGCCUCGGCAGCACCACAUGGGAGAGCUGGAGUGACCAAGUCCUCUCAGCUACUUGGCACACACCCUGGCUACUUUGAUUGCUCUCUGGCAUCAGGGUAUUCAGUAAAGGGGGUUGGGGAUCAGAACAAACAAACAAACAAAACCCCACCCCUUCUACCCAGGAAGUGAGACCCAAAGCCAAAGCCAAGACCCAAAGGGCCAGGUACUAGGUCCCAGGGUGAUCAGGGUGAGGACAUACUGGCUUUCUAUGGGGUCUGUUUGAAUGUGUGUGUGCGGUGACAGAGACCAUAGAGGUAGGAGUGGCCACUCCAGAAAGUGUGCAGCACACACUCAGUAAGGAGUCUGUCUUUGUUUAGGGUAAAAAGCAAAACAAGGCACCACCAGGCUCUGUGAGCUUUGCAGGGUUUUGGUGGGCAGUGGCUCUCUGAAGAAAUGUUUUCUUCCUGGUCUUCAGGCGUCUGUUCCAAUGCACAAGUCCAGAACGGCUGGCUCUGCCUUACAGGGAUGGGAGGGAGAAAUGAGCCACUAGGGAGGGAGACUUACAACCAGGGCAGAUGGAUGGUCAAGGUUAGGAGGCACACGUAGACCCUUGCCGAGUGGCAGCACUUGUCACUGGCAGGUGUAAAAGAGAGUCAGACUUUGUGCAGCUAAUGAACAUGAUUACUCUAAGUGACAAACAUGCCAAAUUUAGGGGUAAGCAUGUAGCAACUUGGAAUGGAUUUGCAGGUUACAAAGGUAAAGACUCUGUUGGCCAUUGAGGAGGGGGCUCGUGAACCCUUUGACUAGUGUUCCGAUGAGUAUGUUCUCCUGGGGUUGGGGGUGGGGCUCUAGAAUCCAACCCUCCCAGGGUUGAACAGCUCUCAGGGUUGGAGCUAAGGAGGAAUGGAGCACCAAUAAAGCAGGGAGGUGUGGACUCUCCCACAUGCUGUGUUCAAUGCCAGUCUAGGACCUGCCUAGGCCUCUUCUGGUGAGAGGGGGGGUCAGUUCCCCAGGCUGCUUCCUGAACAGCCUUCCUUCACCUCACCUUCAGCCGGACCUCCACGUAGCUUUGAACAAGAUGGCUCUUUAGAUUAGAACUGGAUCUGGAAGGGGACCAUGAUGCCUAAUGCUUAGGGCUGUAGGUAGGGAAGAGCGCUUGCAUUGGAACAUACUUGAGAGAUACACUCUAGGCCCCCAGGAAUCUUGAGGGAUGAGAAAAAUAGCAGCAAAGAAGCAAAGGGAAGGAGGAAGGUUCAGGCAAUGGAGGAGGGGUCAUGCAGGAACACCCCCUCACACACACCCUUGAGCUGGGCUCAAACACUUGCACAGGAUGUUUCUUCUGCCUCUGGUUAUAUGCACACAUGCUAUUAGCAUGCACACACACAAGCCUGGGACCAAGCAUCCCGAGACUAGGAUGCUAUUUCUCCAGAGGGCAGAAGAAAGAUGUGUAGGAUAGGCAGCGUAGAGGACGCAGGCUGGGAAAGAAUGCCACAGACAUUGCUAAGUGUACCUUGUUGGCGUCCAGAGCAAGCAUCAUUUGGGUAGACAAGCUGGAUGGAGAGAGAGAGGUGUAGGUGCCCAGUUACUGAGGAAGAGGGCUCAGGUGCUGGUGUAGAUUGGGGUCAAGCAUCAUCCCUCUGGACAGUCACAUGGUGCAUUCCAUCCCACAGUGGACCCACAGCAAGCCCCUGACGACACUCACGCUAUAGAUUGGUGGCCUGAAUCAUGGACACUGGGAGCCUUGAGAUCAUGGAGAUUUUUUUUUUCUUUUUUUUUUUUUUUUCCGGAGCUGGGGACUGAACCCAGGGCCUUGCGGUUGCUAGGCAAGCGCUCUACCUCUGAGCCAAAUCCCCAACCCCGAGAUCAUGGAGAUUUUUAAGGUGGUCCAAGCAAUCCUGCAGCUGUUCUACAAUGUGGCGACAGCAGAGUCAGAGACUAUGUUUAAUGGCUACAUAGUUGUUGAGAGUGCUGAGCCAGGGUCUUGGUUUGGUUGCUGGGUCUGUGUAAGAUAAUGAUACAAUGUUUAAUGGCUACAUAGUUGUCGAGAGUGCUCAGCCAGGGCUGUGAGUGUCCCCAGGUAUGGCGGAUGAGGUGUUGAAGAUGUGGGGAGGAGAGGUGGUCAAAGGAUAAGGAAGAAGGCAGACUUCUAAACCAAGGGUGGCCAAGAUGCUUAGCAUGUGAGGAGAGUCUGUGGUGUAGAGCCAGCACCUGCAGCCCUAAACCCCUUGGGAACCCACUCAGCUCAAUGCCCCUCCACCCCAAGUCUAAGAUGGCUGGAAUCCACAGUCUGUGGUCCCAGCCUGAUGCAUCUCUGCCAUUGUUCCCAUGUGUGGGGAUGGAGAGGGUUAGUCUGGGGGGUUCCCACACAGUGAGCUGCUCCCUGAUGGGGCUGUGUCAGACAAGCAUGUUAAAGCUUUGGAGUCCUGACAAGGCAGAUUGGGAGAGUAUGCUGCCAUGCAAAUUGAGGGCUGACUUUUAUAAAGAGGGAUUCUUUGUAGUCUUGGGGAGGAAACUCAUCCUCCAUCAGCUGCUCAAGUAUUGAUCAGAGCUGCGUGAUACCCCUGGGCACGGAGGGCUCGGCGUGACUGUGUGGCUUAGACACCUGUGGGCCCAAUGUGGCACUGACUUAGACACCCGCUUCUCUUGUGGUUUAUUCUACGCAUGCACAAUUGAAUAGUUGCAUUUGGAUUGCUAUAUUCUCUGACAGGUGCUCCAAGGAAUUUGUAAAGAAUGAGUCACCCCCAGCACCUGUCUUGAGGGACGAGGGACGUGUAGGAUGGGAUUUAGCUCCUGGGUGAUCUUGUCUAUGGCCUUGACAGGGUUCUGUUGGAUGGAGAGAUUAUACUAGAGCCUUGGGCGAUCAUGUGGUGUGGAGUUUAUCAGGUCAGAUAAUCCUGGAGGUCAAGGGACCUGGAAACAAGACCAGAAAGACCUGGGAUGAUUAAAGGAGAAAGGAGCCAAUGUGUUUGAGGCUGAGCUGGUAGAGCUUCAGGGCCUGGGGUAUGGUCAGUGGGACCCGGGGAGGCUUUCUGGGAGCGAUUCAGAGUCAGGGGCCCUAUGUAGACAAUCUAGUGACUAUGGGGCAGUGCCAGCACCUGAGCUAGGACUAAUUAAGGACAAUGGGGCCUUACAACUAAACACCCACACACCAGAGUAGGCAGCAGGUGUGUCCCUGCCUGGCCAGCUGGUUAGGCGGGACAGGGCUUUGUGAGUUCUGUGGGUCUGGGUGAGGAAGUGCCCAGUCAGCUCUUUAGCAAACUGUGGAAAAAUGUAGGGGGAAGGGGGCUGUGGAGAGAACAGGAAAUGGGGGAGGAGCCAGUAAGGGCGGGGCGCCCACAUUUACAGCCAAGUGUGGCCAGAGUCUGGCUCUGCCCAGAGUGAUGGCCAGAGACCAGCACAGUGACCUUGACUCCCCGCCUCCAGUCCCAUCUGUGAAAUGGAGACAGUAACUCAGUCAUGUCCCUCUUAGACUGAGGGUGAAGGCGAAAGGACAGAGGCCAACAGCUCAGGAGCAGAACCUAUUGGUGACAGCAGCCAGGCCCAGCAGCUUCUUUUGUGCUGACCCUGAGCCCCCUGAGCCAGACCUGCCUCUCAGUCCUCAUUAACCCCUAGUCAACAUUAUCGCCGGCUGAGAUGCAGGUAUCACAAGGUCGUUAGAGCGAUGGAGAGAGAGAUUUGAUGUCAUCUGCCCCCACAGGGAACAGGUGACAGCCAGGGUCCUGGGAGGUACCAGCAGCCAUUAUGGCAGCCUCCUUGAAGCAGCAGGUGCUGGAGGAACCACACCCUCACUUCCUGCUGCUCCUCAACUUCAUUUUCCUUGGCUCCUCCAUUUUGCAUAAGAUAAAGUCUAAGCCCAGGGCUAGCAAAACGGCUCUCCCUCGUCACACAAACCUGUGCAACCAGAGUUCAAGCCCCAGGAUCCACAGAACGGUAGGAGGAAAGUAACUGACCUCCACCUAUGUACCACGCAUGCAGUCACGUGCACACAGUAAUAAUAAAGAUUAAAAAAAAAAAAAAAAAAAGCAAAAAACAUCCCAAGGCCCAGACUGACAAAGGAGGGUGCUCGUGGCGCUGAGGACGCUUUGGCCCUGUGCGUAGGAAGGAGGUCUUUAAGGAAGAGGAGUGUUUCUUGGUUGGUGCCAGUUCGUACCCACAUGGACUUGGAGUGGUCCCUGGGAAGCAGGCUGAGGGUCCAGGAGUGACGUGUAGCACCCUGAAGGAGGUACGAAGUACUAGUGGCAGCUGCGGCUGGUGAGACUUGUCUGCCGGUUUUUUCCCGUGAAUCCAUUCUUUCUGUGAAAAAGUAAACUGUUGCUUGCUGCAAAUAGGUUCACGUUGCUGAUCCAGAAACAGGUUCGGAGCGAGUUGGCUCCACAAGCCCAGGGGUGGCCUGGGUAUUGAGCUUGGCCAUUCCUAAUUCUUGCCCAGCCCAUGGCUUUUAUGUGCACAACCUCAAGCGUCCAUUUUAACAAUAGUACGGAGUGGACACCCAGGUCAAGAAGCCAGAGUACUGUCGCCUGGCCUGGAUUAGCAGGUCAUUCUUUAGUAUGGGGUUCUAAGUGGGGGAGGUGGGGAUGAGAAGGUAAACACUGCAAGCUGGUAUCCGGAGGUCUUGCACAAGCUGUGUCCUUUCCCAAGAAAAUUUAUUACAAAGUACAGCAUCUUGGAAUGGGAUGGAGUCCGCCCAAAGCUCUCACGUAACGGGACACAGCUAAUCAGUGUUGCACAAGGGGAGCACAGGAUGUCAGAGGCGAGUACAGGGCGGCCUUGGAACUGCGAAGUCCGGCCUCAGGGUGGGAAGAAUUGGGUUCUUAGGAUGGGAAGCGCAACUCCUCCAAGGCCCUGGCCACAGGCCCUUACUGGCUCUGCCAAGCGUAAUCCUGGUUAUAGACGGGGGACUAUAUUCCUUCUCCAUACAGCAGGGUCUCAGGGAAAGCCUCGAAUCAGCCCAGCCCUCAACAGCUAUCACCAAACAUGAGGGUGGGACCCCAUCAGUCGGGUGGGCAGCCACCAUCAUGGUAAAUUUGCUGACGUCUCCUUCCAGGCUUUUGUUCUUAAACUCGUGUGCGCAUGCGUGUACAGACACCCCAGUCAGAAGACGACUUUCAAGAGGUGUGUCCGUCCUCUUUCUGCCACGGGUCAGGUUCUGGGCAUUGCCUUGGGAGUAUUGCAUUCUAUCUCUAACAAGGGCUCUGCUGGUCAGUAUUAUUCAUUAUUGAGGCAUGACUCACGCACCGUACCGAUCACCCCUUAAAAUGCACGAAUCAUGGGGGCCGGAGAGAUGGUUCCGGAGUUAAGAGCACUGACUGCUCUUCCAGAGGAUCUCAGUUUUGUUCACAGCACUCGUGUCAGGGGACUCAUGGCUGCCCUUGACUCUAGCUCCAGGGGAUCCUAUGUCCUCUUCUGGCCUCUGCAGGCACUGCACUGACAUGCACACACGUACGUGCACACAGACAUACACAUCGUGUUUAAAGCAUGUGGCUUAGUGUUUUUCACUGGACCACAAGACCCUUCCAAGAUGGCCUGUCUAGUUCAGAGCACGAGUGACGUCGUCGGAGGCUUCCAGGGCAGCCUCGGGUUUUGCCUUUCCCCAGAGGAACCGGCCCUUUCCUGUGCAGCUAGGCACGCCGCAUCAGGACACAUGUGCCAUCCCAUUGUGUGACUUCGCCCCAUAGAAGGCAGCUAACAUCCCAAUAUUUUCCUGGCUUCUUUCCAUGGUUGGCAAAAUUACUCUCAUUGCUGGACAGAUGGCCCGUUGUAAAUAAAGUUUUACUGAGAUUGGGCGUCAUCUGUGGCUAUAUUAUGCUACAACGGUGGGGGCUGAAUGAAUAUAGCAGAGACUAUUUAGACCCUGAGGCAUGAGCCCUCAAUAGUCCAUCCCUUAUAGUCAAGUCUUCUCUGUCCUUGGCCUUGGUGCACUUUCUGGUUUGUGUUUGGUAUGGUAACUUUCAUCUGUAAUUUCUACAAGCAAGCAGGAGGACUUGAGAAAGGAUUCCUUGGAGCCAUUCUCCAAGCUGACCCUGGAGCUACAGUCAGUCCCCUCCAAACUGCCCUGGGCUCCUAGGAGAGAACUAGGUGCUUUGUGGUCAGAGAAUGGUUCUUUGUGUGAAUUUCCCUCUGAGUGAGCCCAGAGGUCUUGUCAGUGUGUCUUGGGGGUCAGCGUGUGGUUUGGACACCUUGUCCCUUUCCAAAUUGUGGUUGCAGGGGGCUGUGGCUUUCCUGGCACCCCAGCGCAGUUCAAGCACUUUCUAGAGACACGGCAGAACUUGCUGUUGCAGGCCUAGCCUUUGCCAGGCACCUCUGUUUAUGACAGAGUCCUGGUUAGAACACUGGCCAGCUGGCUCUUAGCCAAUGAAGGAGGAGAGCUGUCUGGACAGGAGCCCCGGCUUCAGAGCCUUGUGGGCUAAUUGAGGCCCUACUAUGAGCCUUCCUAGCUGUUUCCUCUUCUCUAGCAACCAGCUGGUGCCUGACUAACAGACUCUGGUAGUGUAGUAGAGAAGCUGUUGUGAAGUUAUCAUCACGGGCCAAGAUGUCCCGAGGAGCUGCGCAGGUGACAGUCCCACUGUCUCCUUCUAGAAGUCUAGACUCCCGGGAAACCUGUGGCCUAUGCCUGGGAGCUACAGGGACAAAAGCCCAGGGGGCAGAAGAGGCUAUCUCCCCCAGUCCUUCAUACUGUGACGCUGUGGAUGGAAAGGAGGCACCCUUCCCUUCAGGGAUAUGUGGACUCAGAUCAGCUUUCCUCUACUCCUCCAGACGGGGAAGGUGGGAAGGUCUGUGACUCGCUUAAGGUCCCCAGUACAGGGGCAGUGUCGGGAGUCCCUGGAGACUCAAACAGGGGCAGGCUUCCUGAUUUUGGAGGGUGCUUGUUCCAUGGGGCAGGAGGCUUGGUGGCAAAGAUGUUGUGUGUGUCUCAACGUGCACCUUCUCGAGUCUCCCAUGGGCAUGCAGGCAGAAGCAAUCAGGAUUAUAAAAACAAACCUGUAUCCAGGAAUUUUGUUCCCCCCCCCCCCCCCCCCCGAGAGAAUUGGUAACAGACACCAGCCAGCGUUUGGCCACACAUUUAUUCAGUCUUGCUUUACCCGGUGGGGUGGGAGGGAGGCUAGAAGCAGCUGCACACAGUGCCUGGGGGUCAUAAGGAAAUACUGCUGGGAGCCUGCAGGUAUGAAGUAAUUUGUUCACUGCUGUGGUGCUGGGAUAAACUCAGGACCUCCGAUACUGUAGCACUCCAACACCGAGCAUCCUCCCCCAGCCUGGCUUGGGUGUUUCUAACUAAAAUGUAACAAUGAGGCCAUAAGAGGGAAUCCGACUCCUGUGUGCAAGUGCACUCCUUUUUGUUUUUACUGAAAUGGACUUGAAUUAUACAUGUAUUUUUCGAGUUAGUACUUGCUAGAAUUGUCUAAUAACAGGCAGCCAUCAGCCUAGUCCCCUCUAGCCUUGGCUGCCGCAGCCAGCGAGGCCUCUGCCUUCUAGCACAGUGCAUGUUCAGGGGUUUUGUUUGUUUUGUUUUGUUGUUUUUCGGGACAGGGUCUCGUGUAGCCCAGGCUGGCCUUGAUUCUCUGGCCUCCAUCUCCUGAGCGCUGGGAUUACAGACAUGUACUACCUAGCGUGGCUAUGUGGAUGGUUUUUACAUAUGUGCGUGUUUGCAUGGGUGUACAUGUGUGUGCCGAUGUGCGUAUGUAUAGGAGCCAGCAAUUAAUCUAUAGUAUCAGGCCCUAGGAGUCCUACACAUUGUUUUUUGAAACAAUAUCUCUCACUGGACAUUAUGGAAUAGGCUAGUCUAGCUGGCUAUCGAGUCCCCUGGGGAUCCCUGGUCUCCCUCUAUCUAGUGCUGGGAUUACAAGAGCUCUCCACUAUUCCUAGCUACCCCACCUCCCAUCUCUCUCCCUCUCCCUCUCCCCCUCCUCCUCUCCCUUCCCCUCUCCCUCUCUGUGUCUCUGUCUCUGUGUCUAUGUCUGUGUCUCUGUCUCUGUCUCUCUCUCUCUCUCUCUCUCUCUCUCUCUCUCUCUCUCUCUCUCUCUCUCUCUCUCUGUGUGUGUGUGUGUGUGUGUGUGUGUGUAAGUCCUGAGGCUCAUCAGUUAGGCAAGACUGGCUGUCUAGUGACCCCCGUGGGAUUCACUUCUUGUCUAAAUCUCCUCAACACAGGGAUUAUAAGAAUGUGUCUCCAACCCACCCCAGUUUGAUACAGGAGAUCAAACUUAGGUCCUCAUGCCAACCCAGCGAGCACUUUGUCAAAUUGAGCCAGCAUCUCCCCAGCUUGCUGGUUGGAUUAACACAGAGCUUAGGACUCUAGGAGCAACCAGGGAGGUGUUGUGAGAGCCAAGUGGGACAGCACCAGGUGUGGGAACUGAGAGCAGUGAGCCUGCUGGGGCAGGCUGAAAGAGCCACCUGUCAAAAGGGCCAGCAUAUUCUAGAAACCUCUCUCCAGGAACGUUUCUCUUGCUGAAGGGUUGAUGUAAGACCAGGAAGGAGGAGAAAGAGGCAGAAAGAUCAAUCCCAGGGCUCUGUUUGUGAGUUCUCCAGAGAAACAACACAGAGAGAAGACCCAGAGUUUGGUGUGGGAAUGGGCUCCCACAGGCUGAAAGAGCCCAAGCUGCCAUCUGCAGACCUGAGAUCAGUGGUGUGAUUUCAUCUGUGAAUGGGGGCGGAUAGUGUCUAGAGUGGAAAGGACAGGGGACCAGGAGCCCUGACGGCCGGAGACAACAGAUCUAUGUCCACUCCUGAGCAGAGAAGAUGUUCACAUCUUCUGGGUUCUCAAAUUUGGACACUGUAGACCGAGACAUAUGAUUCAAAGUUAAUCCUGUACAGAGACAAACAGCUCCAAAUUAACCAGCUUGCUGGGUGUCCCUUAGUUCAUUAACUAGCUUGGGUAUUCCUCCGUUCAGUCAAGUUGACAUAGAAAAGAAACCAUCACAAGAGUGUGAGCCCAGAAAAACAGAGAAAGUUCCUCCUGUGUGGAUAACUCAUAGGGCUCACUCCAUCCAGCCAAAGCCUGUGGUUCCAGGCUCAGCUCGCCUCAUCCUGUGCUCUCCACAGAUCAGCCUGCCCUGCCCUUCCCUUUUCCUAGAUAGAAACUUUAAGCUCCAACACUUUACAAAGCCACCUUCCCCAAACUAAGCCCUCAGAGGAUGGUCCCGCACUACAAUCACAGUCACGGAUGUCUGGCUUUGAGGUCUAGGUAGGUUUAUGAGGGAAAGAGGAGCCGGGGCCAGACCUGGAGCCCGGGUUAGGAUUCUUCUCCCACCUCAGAUUCUCAGAGCUGUUGGGAAAUAGCCCAUACCCUCUGCCCCAGCCCAGCCAGCUGCUUUCUCUGCAGGAGAAGGGAUGGGAAGUGCCUGUCCUUGUGACCUUCAAGUUUGUCCUCUUAAUCUUCUGACAGCUGGGGAGGGAGAGCACCGCCUGAGGAGGUCAUGAUGCUGCCAGGCUGAGGGGAGGGAGGACUGUCCUCCAGGCUGUGGCUGUGAACUGAGGGUUUCUACAUUGCCGAGCCUCUGCUCAUCAACACCUCUUCAAACAGGCACCUUCAAAAAGCUGAUCCCUGCCACUUGAGACAAAUCUCUGAUUGCUUUUCUCACCUGAAAGCUUGUCCUCUGGCUGGCCUGUCUCUGUCUCUGACCUCACCCCUGAGGUGAUGUCACAGCAACACAGCUCUGCUGUUCCCAUAGCAACAGCCUCCCAUGAUUAACAAGCCAGGGCAGACACGGGGGGCUGUUGGCAGAGGUGGGGAGUGGUGAUUCCACCUAACCUGGGUCAGUGACCCCCGAGACCCCACGUGGACCACCUUAGGACAAGAUUUUGGUGUCUGCCUCUUCUCCUCUGGGAGGGGGGGUUCUUUUUGUGCCCGGCUGUUGGGGGAGAACGUGUGACCAGGCCACGUGAACUGAUGCAGAUUUAAAAGUCCGUCUUACCAGCAAGAAUAGUAAGGCACCAGCUGGAUCAACCACAAGGACCUAUCUUGGUUGGUGGAUACCUGGACCCUGAGGUCAGAGGGCAGCUUGCUACAAGACAGCUCCAUAGAAAGCGCUUCCAUUCUCCCGGCCAACCUUUGCCUCCCUGUAAUGUGUCCUCACUGGCCUGGCUUAGUCAUCUGGAGACACACACAAAAUGCAGAGAGACACAGAGCGAGCAGCUCAGCUGAGCCCCUCUUCCGAAGAUGAAGCCUUGGUUUUGAGGCAGAAGCCUUCAGAGACGCAAUCCCCAGAGGAGGACACUGUCACUCUGCAGCAGUGGAAAGCACGGCAGCUGCAGCGCCUGGCUGAGGAGUUGAAGGCAGAGUGGCAGGAGGCCCGGCUGCAGCAGGUCCGACAAGCCGAACGCCUCUACUUGGCCCACCUGUUGGAUGAGGCAGCAGAGCGGGCCGUGGGAAGCGACUCUGGCUUGGAUGAACAGAACCAGAGAGGAACACCAAAACACACAAGGGCUAAGGAGAGAAACCGAGCAGCCUACAGAGAGGAGAAGGGCCGCAGGGAGGAGCACUCCAGACAUCACCCCAAGUCCCGGAAAAAGGCAUCGUGCACGGAGAGACGGACUUCUACCAAAGCCCGUGGCCCAACCCCUGUUGAGAAGGGUAAAGGGAGACGGGUGUCUUCAAGUAAGGGCCGUGGUGGAUACCAGCCCUUGGGCCCUCGGGUGACCAGAAGGGCAGACAUGGGGAAGUUCAACCCAUUCUUUGAUGGUAUUAGAGAAACUGAAUUCGGGGAAGAAGUACAGAAGGAAUUCUUCCGGGAGGGGAGGCGGCCCUCAUCAAAGGGGACUCGACUUGCUCACAACCUCAGGGACCAGAGUCUGCAAGGCAAAGCAACAGUCCUAGAAGAAUCCUUGCCCCUCGACCACACCUUCAAACAAGGGGCUGAAGCCCAGGGGCACCCAAGCAAGUACAACAACAGGAAUCAGUGGCACAAAGAAAUUGAAUCUACCUUCGAGGAAUUGUUUAACACAAAUAGGAAGCUGAAGAAACAUCUGAAUUUGCACCUUGAACAGAGGCUCAAGGCAGACCAGAAUCCAGAUGAGCAACAGAGCUACUCAGAGAUUCGGAGUGAGAACUUUGGCACCCUGAGAGAGGAGGAGAAUACGGAGGAGCCAGAAACCACCAAGGAGUCUGAGAGCCCAACAGAGGUGGAGACUUCUGAGAUGUGGUCCAAAGCCAAUCUGAAACAGAUACUGAGUGACACGGAGUACCCCAGGUACCAACAAAUGGCAAAGUGCCCAUUAAAGAAUGAAAGCCUAGUGCCUGUUAAGGCAGGAACAUCUAGAGAACAAGACGACUUGUUCUCACUCAGUCCAGAGUCGGUACAGGAGACACCCACAUCACCUGUGGUGGAGGACGAUAGUCUCAAGCCUUACCUGCAGAAACAGGCAGACUCUGUAUCAAGCUGGAUGGCUUUGAGGCAAAAGCAGAAGGCAGAGUUGGAGCAGAGAAGGCAAAAGACACUUUUGGAGCUGACAGAACACCCCAACAUGAGCUUGGAGAUCCAUUACAAGGCUGAGCUGGAGGAAGAACGCAGGGAGCGUAGACGGAUGCGUUUGGCUCUCCUUAAAUCGUAUCCCACAGGGGUCCAGGCCCCGCCUGUUGAACGAAAUAUUCCUCUGGACAACGGUCUUCUCGAUGAGGACAAACAGAACCAGAUGAUCCGUGACCUUCAACAGCAGAUCUUAGAGCAAAACAAGAUACACCAGGAGUUUUUGGAAAAAGCCAGGAAACGCUUGCAAGAGUUUCAGAAAACAUUUUAAAAGCAGACCCACCCAUGAUAAAUACAUCCCUGAUGGCUGCUUUGCCUGUACCAUG